GGUUUGGUUUACAGCAAAUUUUUAGUCUUUCGAGUUAUAAUGAAAGGUUUAUCGGUAAAGAAGAGUUGGCCACAAAAGGUUGAUCCAAAUCUCUUUGGUAUUCAGCUCUUAUAGCUUUAUUAUAGCAUGUAAUAAAAUGAAAUGAUUGGCAAAGAAUCAUCAUUUUAGUCGUUACCAUUCCUUAGAUAUGAAAGUGCAAUGAAAGGAUUUGCCAUUCGGUAAAAUCUUGAAAGCUUUUGUUUCGUCAACCAGACUUGGAUUUACGCUGAGAUUGGACUUAAAUUUCGAGAUUCGGCAACGUUUCUCCUUCUUUUCUUGACUUGAAAGUUCAUCUUUGAGUUGCUCAUCCAGUAAGCUUUGCAUAUCAACCCAUGAAAGAGUGUCAAAGGAAAUUUUAUAAUUGAUUGAAAACAUUAGCAUAGAGAAGGAAAGUAAGACUAGGAUGAUGGAGGACAAGGCAAACAGUAAAAGUCAUAUUGAGAUGAUGAAGCAAAUAGGAAUGGUUGGCGUUUUUUGUUAUCGUUAAGGUUUACCCAAGUUUUCAAGUAAUCACCAAAGUUGUAAUAUUUAAUAUGGUUAGGCCCUCAAAUUUGGAAACGUGGGUGUCGUGCACCUUCAUCUCUGUCCCCAUCCUCAUCCUCAUCAUAUUAUUAUUAGCUAUAGGAUGUUUCAAGCUCCUCCUUGCUAACCCGUGAAGUUCAAAUAGGCCAAACCUUUGUGAAUAGGAACCCAAAAAAAUGUAUUAAUUUUUCAUUUUCAUUUACUUUCAAGUGAACGGACCAAGUUAUUUUUCCCAUUUUUUACAAAAUAUUUUCAAAUAUUUUUUGAUAAUCCUUUUUUUACUUGUCCCAGUCUUUUGUCUGUCACUAAAAAUGUCAGGUGUUGAUGGUCAUGUACAUAUUUUUAGACCCUGGGAUCAAUCAUCAUCUUCAUCAAACUCGUCAAACUCAUCAAUUUCAUCGUUUCCCUCAUCAACCUUGUCUCAUCCACCUUCUUCGUCUUCAUCUUCACUAUCAUCACCAUCUUCAUUAUCAAAGUCAAUGUGUUGCUCUCAAUUGAUUCAACCAUAUUAUAAUAGUUUAAAUGUGUUUACUCCACAUCAAUAUCAUCACCAUCAAAAUGCAUCUUCAUCAGCAUCAAAUGUGCCGCAAAAAAAGCAGCGAGCAAAGAGAUUUAAAUGUCCACAUUGUCAAGUUGCCUUUUCAAAUAACGGACAACUCAGAGGACACAUAAGGACUCAUACAGGUGAACGUCCAUUUGUUUGUGAUCAUGAAAAUUGUAUGAAAACAUUCACUCGUAAUGAAGAGUUAACUCGACAUCGACGGAUUCACACUGGUAUAAGGCCGUUUUCAUGUUCAAUUUGCUCAAAGCGAUUUGGUCGCAAGGAUCAUCUAAAGAAACACCAACGAACUCACGAUAAACGCCUUGCAAUACAAUCAACCACCGCUCAGUCAAUCAGCCAAAAUGCCUUAACUAAUCAUUUCCUUCCUCAAUAUACUUCCUUUUUGACUUUAAACUGAAACAAUUAAAAGUAAACAACAAUC